CUUUUUCUUUCUCUCUUCUCUUUGCUGUCUUUUUUUAUUUUUGAACAUUUCUUCACAACUAAAAACAAUUUGUCCCACACUUUUACGAUUAUAUACCCACCAUUACUCUUACUUGUAUCAUAAAAUAGCAUUUAUUUUCCUACCAUCAACGCCCGUUAUCAUCAGUACUACAAGUCUACUCUAUUACUACCUUCCAACCUCUACCAUUUUAUUAUCGCCACAACUACAGAAAGAAGAAAAAAGAGGGAAAAAAAAAAGACUGGUUCCAUGUCUCAUCUCAUUGACCCGUGCUUACGCGCGACAAAGAUCGCUCAUGGGAUUCGACGAGGGAUCGAUGGCAUUUCACCACUUAGUGGUCUUGUGCCUGAACUGCGUAUCUUAAUUCAAGAACAAAAAAAUGUCUUGACAUCGUUGAAACGGGGAGCAUUUGAAAAAGAAGAAGCCGCAAAGCAUCUCGCCAUUUACGCCAAGACAGAAGGUCCUGAUAUUUCAGACACGCUUUCGAAACUUAGUGUCCUGAUCCUUCAGGCUGCAGAUCUUGAGCGCGAACAUGGCAACAGUCUUGCACAGAGUCGGGAGCUUUUCAAGGAGAUUCGAGUAGCAGAAGAUAACAAUUAUUCAGUUCGUAAACGGAAACUAGAUUUGGAACAGAAAUUAGGAUUGGAUAAAAAUUCAUCCCAAUAUCACCAUACUCAACAUGGACAUGCAUCCACUAGUUCAUUAGUCUCCAGCAACACCUUCAGUAGCAGUAAUGCAGGGGGGAAGACAGUUUCUAUCCAUGGCCCUGAACUACAUCCAGAAAUGAAAUUGUUGAGACAAGAGACCAUGGCAAUUGAAAAUGAACUCGAAGAUCUUAAGCGAAAAAAAAUUAAGAAGGCAACACAGCAACAUUUGGACUCAUUGGAAAAGUUGGGCAAGGAAUUUAUUGUUAUUGCUCAUUAUGGCCGAGAGAUCAUGAGCCACUUGGAUGAUUCACCUACGCCAGCAGGAACACAUGCGGAUGAUCGCUUUGCGCUAUAUGAUGGCGAUGCAAAGACAGCUUAUGCUGUGAAGGCCUGCUUGGACACUAUUAAAACUUGGCCGAAACAUGAACCCAAGAUCCAACUCUCGGAGAUUGACCUCGGGGAUUUCCCUAAAGACAACAAGCAGGCCAUGGAUGCCAUGCUCAAGGACUUGGCCAUGAAGUCUGGCUCGGACUGGUACUCAUUACAGUCGCCAUCAUCAACCAAAACCUCGUCAACUUCGGGUCAUGAGCGAUCUAACUCUAUCUCUUCAUCGACCGGAUCUGCUUCUCCACGACCCAGUAUGUCGUCUCUGAUGACAACAACUACUUAUGUUGAUGGCGUCCCGGUUGUCAAGGUGAUUAAUGAGAUUCCACCUACCCCUGAGUCUGAAGAAGGACCUGCAUCGGAGAAUAGAAUCACUGGCACUGAGUCUUCUACUACGGCUGGAGCAGUAGUCGCAAAUAGUGUAAAUGGCGAGCUCCCCGAAACCAAGGCUACUACAGAGGUAGCAACCCCUAGUUCACAAGAGCCUAUCCCCAUUUUUGUUUCCGACACGACUGUAUCUGCCUCCGAACAUGCAGACAUACAACCUGUAACUCCUGAAAAGGACAUAUCUGGAAUAACAACAGCAAAUAACAGAGGUCACAAUGGCAAUAUUACCAAAGAAGAUGGCACACCCGUCUUAACAUCCGCUAAGACUACUGGCAAUAGUGGCAAUAGUGGUAAUACUGGUACUACAGACCCUAGUCCGUUUGUUCCUCAUUCGACUUACAAACCUGCAACGUCCUAUCAACCAGGUUAUGGACAUGGACAUGAAGAUAAACGUAUUUCAUCACCCCCAAGAAGUCGACCUCAUUCAGGUGAGAAUCAGUUUUCUUCCACAGGGUUUACUGCUCCUCAUCCACUGAUGAUGCCGUAUCCACCCCAGCAACCUCAGCUUCAGUCUCAGCCUCAGCCUUAUCCUCAUUCGCAGCGCCAACAGUUGCCAUAUCAACAGCAAUCUAUGUAUCCGCCAGGGCCGCCUGGUGGUCUAGUGAGCCCAUUACAGCAGCAGCAACAGAUGCCAAUGCCAAUACCUGUCCAUAUGCCUAUACCAAUGCCAAUGUCGAUGCCGAUCCCUCACAUUCCUGGAUCACCAACUCUUGAAGGGUUUGACAGCAGCAAUAAUGGAAGCAAGAGACACUCGCAGCCUAUUUCAGUAACGUUCCCAUUGCGAUCUCCAGGAGCACCCCAAGACACUACCUAUAAUGUCUCAUCACCACCCAAAUCGACAUCUCCCGGCCUACUGCAUCAACUACCGCCACCAUCAACAAUACACCGUAGAAGCCCACAUGCUGUGAUACCAGAACUAGAGUCAGAAACAAGAGCAGGAGCAGCAACAGUGGCAGCAGACGAGGCUGAGUACUUUUCUCAAAGUAUCAAAGUUCCUGUUGAAGCCGAGCCACAGGCGUACGAUGGACCACCCCCAGACUAUGCAGAAGCUUCGAUGCAACCACCAGCUGAGAAACGGGAUGAAAAGAAGCGACGGUAAUAAUAGUAAUUGUAAUAAUAAUAAUAAAAUUAUAGUGUUACACAGCACUGCCAC